AUCGUGAAGAUGAUUUCGGACGCUCCUAUGAUUACCGACGGAGGUUUUUUGCACCUUUGGAACAUCUAGAAGAGGCAGCAGCUUCCGGCAUCCGCAUCCUCGCAAUUCGAUCUCAUGAGGAAGAGCUUGAAAGUAAGAAAGUUGGAAAAAGGCCAGAUGACCCAGAUUUUCCCGUGGAUCCUCCGGAAGAUGCGCACCCUAUAUUCACAGACAAGAAGUGGAGACAUCUAGUGACGUAUGUUAAGGCCGCUAGUCUUUCACUAUCCUUCUGCUCCCUUGUGUGGAGUAUUUUUCACUAUCACGGUUUUUAAAGCGGGGGAAUCCACUCAACCAGGCGGAGGCAUAGUGAAAAACUGUAGCGCCAAGUAUGGGAGAACUCGCUGGAAAAGCAUCAUGGAAGAGUGUGUGGAUCUCGUUGUCUCUGUUCCGGACACCGAGACAGUAACGGAACUCUUUCCCCGCCUACCGGAUGAAGCACAAGCACAGGCUAUGGGCAUUAAUAGAGAAGGACUAGACGAACAAUUUGACUCACGAAGUAGAACGAACCCUGCCCAAUUUCUACCCGACGAGGCCGGGAGGACGAGAGCGAGCGACUAUCGUCGUGCGCGACCAGUUAUUGACCCAGCACCUGCUUACUAUCAAGGGAUUACAAACAAUCCGCCACCACCAAUAAUUCCGGAAAAUCGGCAGAUACGCAUAGAAGGGUAUGAUGAUCAUAUUACCCUUGAGGAAAAUGAUAAUAGGAACACGCAACAACAACCUGAAAAUGAUGAAGUAGUAAACACACAGGAGGAAGGCGAGUCUCCACUACACCACGAUCCGGGAAUGACAGUCGAGGACAACAAACGAUUGGACGUGUUCGAAAGACUCAUUGCCAAUUUCCCUGAUUUUUUGGCGCAAAUCUUAGCUGCCUCCUCGAACUCAGUCGUGACCAAUCGAGCCCACACUACGCCCACAUAUCCGCAUCAGCAGCGCCCAACGGAAGACCUAGUCCAAAGUGGCGAGAAGAAGCGUCUUCUUGAGGCGCAUUUGAGGUCGACAGCGGCGCUUGUGGGGGAUCCGCUGACGGGGCUACCCCUUUUUGAAAAUUUCGCCUUUCUGGAAGAAGACACGACAGGAAUGUUCGACUUAAGGCAAUUUCAUCUAUCUUCAUCGUAGUUUCUUGUAUUUUCAGCUGCCAGUUGAUGAACAUGAAGAUGAUGCUUAUUCAGUUUCUACCGUGCUGGAUCUUCCUCUUGAUCAUGGGAGGUUCUGCUUCUCCUGGUUCAUCAUGGUCGUAAAAUGAAAAUAGUACUACCUCUACAUCAUGUAGUUCUAGUUGUAGAAGGACCAAGUUGUGCCGCUCUAACAAGCGCACGUGCAUAUGAAAGGGACGAGGUAGAGGCUGUUCGACAAGAACUUGAGAAGAUGACGAUCAAGAAGCCUAUCAAGCCUCGGAGUCCUCAGCGGGGUCAAGGUGAACGGGAAGGUUCCCUGGAGGCGGAGAUGUCAGAAACAAGGAGAAAAGAAAUGCAAGAUUUUGAUGUCGGUACCGUUAAGGCUCCAGUGCUUGUGCUAUCUUGCUCUUUCUUGCAAAAAUCACAAGACAGAUUCGUUGAUAUACGAUCCAACUUCUUUCGACUACAAGUCUUGAAUUUGGUCUCCCUGCCAUGAUCAUGUUCUAAUAAACAACUAAGUCUUGUUGUACAUCAUGGACUAUAUUAAGCAUAUCAACUACAAGGUGAAAAUCAAGUUCAAAAUGUUGGUGUAUUCUUUCUUCUAAUGUGCACGUGCAGCAAGAUCCUGUUGCUCCUGGUUCUGAUUCUAGUUCUGAGGCAGCAAGCUCCAUCCACGUGUUUGAACCGCCGUUGUCGGGAGCAGCUGCAUCAUCUGGGGCUGAUUCAAAACUGUGGACGUUCAAAGAAUCAGCUUCGCGGCUAACGCAUGAAGAAACGUCAGUCAAGAAAGCAAGACGACAUUUUUUGUUAAGGCUUAAUAUUCUGGGUAAAAACAGUAUUCGAAAACUCAAAAUAAGCGAGUUACUGACUGAAAUAAGAGGGUCUUGACUAGUACCCUCCUCUUCUUUCAGUAUCUUCCUUAUUUUCAAUAGUUACUCGGUUAUUUCAGUUUAUCGAAUAUUAGUUUUAGUACUAGUUGCUCUUGCUUAAAAAGAUUAUACUGAUACAAGUAGUACUAGAACAAGACUCGUUCGAAAGUGCGUCUACAUCCUUCAGCUAGAGCUCGAGCUACUGCCUUCAAUGCUGAUUCAUCUUUUUCAAGUACUGCACUGUCAUUUUCUUGUCUCCAACUUGUACUUUUCACGUCUGCUACUGUGAAGUCUGCUAGUUCUGGUGCUCUCCCCCAUAGUUCUGCUAAUUCUCGCAGUCCGUGAAAUAUUCGUACGCGUGUUGGCCUAUCUUGCUCAAGUUGCCGGAGAAAGAUGGCAGAUAGUAACGCAUAAGAAGAACCCUACAGGGCAAGAAAAAGGCACCAAGUCUGCUGAGGGACUCAAUAAUGAAGAACGAGCACAAGUUUUGUUAUGACACCAAAUGAAUUAUGAGCUACCCUAGAUGAACUAUAAGAAGCCCUACGACUAGUUCGCUUCGUAUAUUUUUUCAUCGUUCAGUAGAAGUAGAUUCUCUUAUAUCUCAAAAAACAAUGACUAGAUUUUGUUGAUCUUGCUUAUGCUUCUUUCUUUAUGACGUAACAAGCAGCAGCGAAAGCGAUGGCGAUCUUCAUCUUCUAAUAUGUACUGAGCUUGAGCGAUUAGGCGUGAUGCCAGUACAGCUUGUGCGUCCAAGGGGUGGGGCUACGACUCUGGAAAACACAAGGCGUGCUGUAGAUCAAGGAGAGGACGUCACGACUCGUAAUCUUAUGGUCGUAUUCAACUACACUUCGUGUUUCUUACUGUCUAGUUUGUAACGCUAACGCCCCCCCGUUGCAAAUAUUAUACAGUACCCGAAUCAAUAUGAAUAUUCUCAAAGAAGCUUCGGUCGCCUUAGAUGAGAAGACCUCCUCCAGGGCAGUCGGACGACAGACGGCGCCUAGAUUAAGCGGGUCCUAUACUGGAUGGCCAAUUUUGCUAGUCCUAUUUUAUAUACCUCUUCCGUUUUUCUAUCUUUCCUUGGUAGGUUGGCUCCACCACAAAUAUUCUCAAAGAUGUGCGACCACAUGACAGAAUCAGCUAAAUUAUAUGAAGGCGACGCAUGCUCCGAACGGCUGCGAUCAACCUCCUCAUCCUCUAACAGCAUACUACUUGUUCGCGGCGACGCGAUGUUUCGGCAUGACAAGAUUACAUCUCCUAGAAUACCUGCAGCGAGACGUGGAGGGGGCGGUGAUGAGGGUGAUCCAGUAGACGCUGUUGACGGAAAUGAUGAAACCUUUUGGCACGAGGAGCUUGGGUCUAUAGCAGCCGAAGAUAUCCAUGAGAUGUUUAAUGCAUUUGCUUGAGCUUUUUAGCCUAUUUAAGUAAACUACAAAGCUAGUACAGAACAACCGUUUCGUUCGUUGGAGAUCUCAAAACAAUAUCAAAAAGUCAUUGAUGAGAAGUCGAUCUAGAAGAACAAAAAGUACUAUCGUAUUUCCGGCAUUGUAUUACAUAACGUGUCUACAACAAGAACAAGAAGAUGAAGCCUUUUUAUACUGUAACUUACUCAUACUCAUAGUACCCAACAACAUGUUUCUUCGAGUACUAAAUCUAAAAUCAGGAAGUUUAUGAGGAGCUAUUAAGCAGAAAACGUCGUGAAUGCAGUUGCAGUAGAACAACAUAUCUAUACUAUAGGGUGGAUCUACGUAGGAUCAGAAGAGGACUAAGAUUUGAAUUUGUGUUUCUCAAGAGAUCACCUAAGAGCGAACUUUUAUAUUUUUGAAAUACUACAACAUUGAUAGUAGUUGGUAUGAUUGACGAUGUCCGGUUGUCUCUUGAUAAGAUAUUGAUGAGUAGAUGUAGGACUAGACGCUCGUAUUCUACGCACUGUCCUUUCUGCUUGAAAGCAUAUCAAAACUUACUACACCAUAAUUUUUUAUGGUCAUGUCCUUCUUCAUACAAUAAUUUCGGUUGCUGCAGCAUCUAUGACUAAUAUGUUGGAGCAUUAUUUUUUUUUGGAAAAUUUCUCAGACAGGUCAAAAAAAAUGGUCGACACGCACAAACAAGAACAAGGAAAAUCGUCUUCACUCAUUAAAAAUCAACAAGCCCUUCCCUUCGUUCUCUUCGAGGGAGGGCAACUCCAACUACCUUCAGCAAACAAGAGCUGUAGUCGAAGUUGAUUAACAGGUUAGUAGUGCGUUUGUGGCUACACAUAUGGAUAUACAUAUUCGCUCGAUGAUACAGGCCUACCUUGUGGGGGGCGAGUCAGAUCCUGUCCUAUGUUUCCUAUCAUGCCUCCUUCUUGGUCAUGAUCUGGAGGUUCUGUCGCCUCAAAAUUGUGCACAAGAAUGGCUAGCAAGAACUACUAAUAUGUGAAAUUCUUGUUGUUUCUCAAAUUGACUAUGUCUAUGUGCAAAGCAUCAUUAACCCGACACUGCCAGUGGCAGUCACACCCACUGCAACAAACAUCACACAGCACACCUCUAGAGCAAACAACCAAAGCCAUGGCCCCUGCAAGAUCGCAAGCCAGAUAGCUUCUAACUCUAAUUCUAAUUCUCUGCUGCUUGAAGCGGUACAAAAGCGCAG